GGUUGAAAUGAAAUGAUGGCCAUUUGUUUUCUUCUGCUUCCCUAUCUUCUUCUUCUUCUACUUUUUGGUCUAGUGGAAGCAGAGAAAAAGCAGAAAUAUGACUAUGGCUACUCAUAUUUCUCCAAUGGUAUCAAUGAAGCAAUUUCCUUCAAUUACCUUCAAUCUUCUUCAACCAUUCCCAUCAGUCUUUCAAAGAAAACCAGCACUAAUUUCUUCACUUAGAAAAACUCCUCAUCUUUUCUCUUAUUCAUCUCCAUCCCCUUUCGAAAACUUCACAUUUCCCAAGUCAUUCGUUCCGCUUUCUGCUUGCCUUGCUAUUCUUCUAUGGUCCUCUCCUGCUAAUGCUGGAUUUCUUUCGGGUUAUACUGGAAUAGAAUCAGUUCCUGGCCCUGAAUUACCUAAGAUUGAUUUUCUUAAUCGUUGGAACGAUGAUAAUCAGAAAAAGUAUGCAGAACUUGAUGAAAAAUUCAAAGAGUCACCCCUGCUUAAACAGUUACUCGAAAAAUCCAAGCAAAACAAAGAAAAGAACAAAAAGUCAAUUGAAGACAAGUAUUGUUUACGCGGAGCUGAAUGGGGAGUUGGAGAUUGCUCAACAGCAGGAAUGACACCAGAAGAUAGAGAUAGCUUCAUUGCCAUGUUGAAACAGAAGGCUGGUGUAGAAUGAACGCGCAAUUAUGUACUCUUUAUCGAUAAUGCUGGUUUCAAUUUUCGAAUGCAAAGAGUGAAGAUUGAAUCGUAAUGGUGAGAAUUCGCGUUAGGAGACGGGGAGUUUGAUUGAGCCUCCAAGACAUUAGAAGCUUUUAGUAUAAGUAGAAGAACAUGUCAAGGGACAUUCUUCCAUUGUUCUAUAGCUUGUAAAUACAUUGCAUGAGUAUACUAUGAGCUUGAGAGUGGCAUAUUGAUAUUAGGAAAAAGAGUAUGAUGUCUCCUUAAA